CGAUUAAUCGAUCGGCGACCGCGAUCAGAGGGUAUCGGACGCCGACCGGAUUGGCUGUUGUCAAUCCAAUAGAAACACCGGGGCGUUUCCGUGUCAGCGAGCGGCAGGAAGAAAAAGAGCCAAAAAGAGAAGAACGGCCGAAAAGGAAGGAAAAGAAGAGCAGAGGGAGGACAAGGAAGGACGAGGUUUUCCUCUUUUUCGCACCAUCUGAUCCUCUUCAAGAUGGCCGACUGAUGCGAGCGUCACGGACGAACGUGACGACUUCCCGUCCGCUGUCCGGUCACCAGAGUCGGGAGUCAUGCCGGCGUCCGUCGGGGGACAAACCGCGAGUCUGAAACCGCUGCGCUUCCUGCUGGGCGUGCUCCUGGUUCUUCCAGAAGGGGGCGUUUGUCUGGAACUGAUUCCGCCGGCCUCCCAGGUUCUGCUCCAGUCUCGCUCCAACUUUACCGUGGUGUGUUCCGGCUGGAGCGAGGUUUCCUGGCGCUUGCCGUGGCAGGAGUCUCAAGGGGGCGAUGUCGUGGUGGAGAAGCAGGGAUCCCGCAGCGUCCUGCAGCUCUUCGACGUCACCUGGAGGAAUUCCGGGAGAUACGCGUGCGAGGAGUCGUCGUCGGAUCAGAUCGGGAAGAUGGACAUCUUCGUACCCGGACAAGGUGCGGACGAGUGGUUUGUUCCGGUGGGUCCGGGUGUGGUGAUGAAGGACGAGGACGAGGACACCAUCCCCUGCGCGGUGUCCGACCCGCUUUUAAAAGUCAAACUGUACGAACGCGGGGAUGAAACACCGGCGUCUGGACUGAAGUACGAACCGAGUCGCGGCUUCACGGGACGCCUGAACGACUCGUCGUACGUGUGCGUGGCCUCCGAUGGUUUUGAGGAGACGCGGUCGCAGGUCUACUACGUCUUCAGCGUCGUGGUCGCCAAGGAGAUGCGGGUGGACUUGACGGCGUCCAGCGGCGUGUUGAAGCGUGGACAGCAGCUGCUCGUCAACUGCAGCGUCCAAGACAUCGACAUAGUCUACUUCUCGUGGAGCUUCCCCCGCAGAGAGGAAAUCGAGCCGCUCACGGAAUUUCUGCCCAAUCAAAUCCGCUCGUUCGUGAACAUCCCCUCGGUGACGCCGGCCGACUCCGGCGUGUACGUGUGCGCGGUCCAGGAAACGCUGCAGGGAGGGCGAGUGCAAAAGAACAUCACGGUAAACAUACUGGAUCGGGGUUACAUUUCUGCGCGUGCCACGCAUGACACCAACGUGACUUCGCUGGUCGGCCACACGGCGGUCCUGCGGGUGGCGGUGGACGCCCACCCUCCGCCAAGCGCGGUGUGGCGCAAGGACAACCGGAGCGUCGUCGUCGCCACGGGAACAAUCGGCGUGUCCGUCACCCGCGUGACGGCCGGCAGAUACGUGAGCACGCUGACCCUGGCGAGGGUCCGCUUGGAGCAGACAGGAAGUUACGCGGCCAGCGUCUACAACGAAGAUGACCAGCAGGAGGUGCUCUUCUACCUGCAAGUUAAAUCACCGCCGAGGAUCACGUCGCUGACGGAGACGAGCGCUCGGGGCGUGUUGUGCGUCAGCGAAGGAGCUCCGCCCCCGACCGUCAACUGGUUGACGUGUCACAGUGCACACGGGUGCGCUAACGGGACAGGUAGCUGGACGAGCCAAUCAGGCGCUUCAGAGGGCGCGGUUCUGCAGGAGAACGUCACCGUCCUGGCGGAGACGGGCGUAACCCGGGUGCGCAGUGUGCUGAGGCUGGAGACCACGACGACCUCGACCGCCGUCCGAUGUGAGGCUUCAAACUCUGCCGGACGUCGAGCCCGAGACCUCAGACUGGUGUCAUCUUCUCUAUUGUCCCAGGUGGCCACAUUGGCGCUGGUCCUGGUUCUGGUGGUCAUCGCCAUCAUCUUCCUGCUCAUUCUCAUCAUCUUGUGGAGAAAAAAACCUCGCUACGAAGUCCACUGGAAGCUGAUCGGUUCCGUGAGUCCCGACGGACUGGAGUACACCUACCUGGACCCCGCCGAGCUGCCCUACAAUGUCUCUUGGGAAAUACCCAGGGACAACAUUGUCCUAGGUGAGGUUUUGGGUUCAGGAGCUUUCGGCCGAGUUGUGGAGGCCGAGGUGUCGGGUCUGCUCCGGGACCAGAACACCACCAGAGUGACCGUCAAGAUGGUCAAAUCCAACAGCGGCGCAUCUCAAUCGUUGUUGUCUGAGUUGAAGGUUUUGUGUCAUCUGGGCCCUCACGUGAACAUCGUCAACCUGCUUGGAGCGUGCACGUCAGGAGGUCCCGUCUACGUCAUCACUGAGUUCUGUUGCCAUGGAGACCUGGCUAACUACCUGCGACGCCACAAACACACUUUCGUACAUGGCAGCGCACACGCUAAGAGAGAGGCGGACGGAGGUUACAUGGACGUGAUGAGCAAGCGGGAGGGCGGAGCCGUCGCCAUCGGCAGCGACAGCGCGGCGUCGGACCAGCAGGAGGCGUCGUUGCCCCUCCUCAGCGACUCUACCGUCCUGGGCGUGAGCGACCUGCACAGCUUCUCCUUCCAGGUCGCCCACGCCAUGAACUUCCUGGCCUCGCGCAACUGCGUCCACAGAGACCUGGCGGCCAGGAACGUCCUGGUGUGCGAGGAGCGGCUGGUGAAGGUGGGCGACUUUGACCCGGCUCGAGAUCCGCCGAAGGAUCAGGACUACGUGGCCCGGGGACACGCCUCGCUGCCGCUCAAGUGGAUGUCCCCGGAGAGUAUUUUCCAAAGUGUUUACUCAUCGCAGAGCGACGUGUGGUCCUACGGGGUUCUGCUGUGGGAGAUCUUCUCUUUGGGUGAAAGUCCGUACUCGGACCUCCCCGUGACGCAGCAAUUCUACGUUGCGCUGAAGAGAGGACACCGCUUGAUGCGGCCACAGCACGCCAACUCCAACAUUUACGACGUGAUGCAGGCGUGUUGGAGCGAGCAUCCCGGUUCCAGGCCGCCGUUCUCGUCGUUGGUGGCGUCUCUGGACGCCACGUUGACGGACGACUGCAGAAAGACGUACGCCAGGCUGACGGACGACUUCCUGACGGGCGACCAUCCGGCCGUCGUUCGAUCCCUACCGACGUCCGCGACCGUCGACGUGCCGAGCGACGCCGACGGAAGUAACACCCCCGAGGCGACGGUUCACCUGUUGGCGACGGGACCUUCGCAUGGCGAAUACAUCCUUCCUGUCAGAGUGGGGACAGGCAACGGCGGCGGCGGCGGCGCUGCGCUGGACGCAGACAGAGCCGAGGAGUCGCCGGCCUCACAGGAAGUGACAUCGUCGCGUGAAAAAGUGGAGGAAAGCUGCGUGUGAGAAGCAUGUACAUAUAGCACGAUAACAUACGUGUCACAUACAGUACAAGACGACAUUAUAGCGAUGCAAUACUCCUGUCAUUUCUUUUAUAUCAACAUAUUAUGCUCAACAUAAAUUAAAAACAUUUUAAAUUCCAGCUGCCCGUUGACUUUCCUGUGUUCUGUUUUAUUCCCUCAACAUGAAAACAUGAAGUCUUCGACC